GGCCGCGGGAGAGGCGUCCACAGCGGCGGCAGCUGGGGCAGCGGCGGACGCGCGGCCGAGCUAGGCGGCGGCGACCCCGGCAGAUUAUCAUCACUCACUUGAGGACAGAGAAACAACAGGACUCUAGGGGGCCACAGCCCUGAUUUGGGAGCCAGACUUGCCUCGGCCAGCGUGCUCAGCCAUUUGGUCCCAUCAGCCUGGACUGGUGAACCUCAAUCACACAGGAGAGCUCCAGCAAACCCGUAUUCCCUGAGUGGCCUGCUGUGGAUUCAAGUGUAAGUCCUAGCUCCUGUCCUGGAGGUUUCCACCUUCUAGGAAGAGAGGCAGACAGCGUUAACUGUGUGCUAGGCCCUGCGCUAAGUGCUGGGGGUACAGUAAGGUAUAAAAACAGCCCUGCCCAAGAAGACCUGACCUUGAGAGAGGUUUGCUGGGAUGGGAAACCUGCUCAAAGUCCUUACCAGGGAAAUUGAAAACUAUCCACAUUUUUUCCUGGAUUUUGAAAAUGCCCAGCCCACAGAAGGAGAGAGGGAAAUAUGGAACCAGAUCAGCGCCGUCCUCCAGGAUUCUGAGAGCAUCCUCGCAGACCUGCAGGCUUACAAGGGCGCAGGGCCAGAGAUCCGAGAUGCGAUUCAGAAUCCCAACGACAUUCAGCUUCAAGAAAAAGCUUGGAAUGCAGUAUGUCCUCUGGUUGUGAGGCUAAAGAGAUUUUAUGAAUUCUCCAUAAGGCUAGAGAAAGCUCUUCAGAGUUUAUUAGAGUCUCUGACCUGUCCACCCUACACGCCAACCCAGCACCUGGAACGGGAGCAGGCCCUGGCAAAGGAGUUCGCAGAAAUUCUCCAUUUUACCCUGCGAUUUGAUGAGCUGAAGAUGAGGAACCCAGCUAUUCAGAACGACUUCAGCUACUACAGAAGGACAAUAAGUCGCAACCGCAUCAACAACAUGCAUCUAGACAUUGAGAAUGAAGUCAAUAAUGAGAUGGCCAAUCGAAUGUCCCUCUUCUAUGCAGAAGCCACACCAAUGCUGAAAACCCUUAGCAAUGCCACCAUGCACUUUGUCUCCGAAAACAAAACCCUGCCAAUAGAGAACACGACAGACUGCCUCAGUACGAUGACAAGUGUUUGUAAAGUCAUGCUGGAAACGCCGGAGUACAGGAGCAGGUUCACAAGCGAAGAAACGCUGAUGUUCUGCAUGAGGGUGAUGGUGGGGGUCAUCAUUCUCUAUGACCACGUUCACCCCGUGGGAGCGUUCAGCAAGACAUCCAAGAUUGAUAUGAAAGGCUGCAUAAAGGUUUUGAAGGAACAGGCCCCGGACAGUGUGGAGGGGCUACUGAAUGCCCUCAGGUUCACUACCAAGCACUUGAAUGAUGAAUCAACUUCCAAACAGAUUCGAGCAAUGCUUCAGUAGAGCUCUGCUCAAAGAAGAGGAUCUAUGUACUGACCUCAGAAGAUGUAUAUGUUUACAUAAUUUAAUACAGAUUGAUGUUAAUACUUGUGUAUUUACAUAACCGUUUCCUUCUUGUCACUGAAAUAUAUGGACUUUAAUUUGUAUCUUGACUGACUCGACCCAGCAGAGCAUAAAUUGACUUGAGAGCCUAACCUUUGAUGUCUAAAACAAAACCCUCUUCUCCAAAGCCAAAAUUUGGAGAUGUUGGUCUUUACUACUGGAGUCCUUUAACUACACCUGUAACAAUCCAAAAUUCCCAAUAGUUUGUGGUAGUGUUUUAAUUCUAGAUGUGUAAUCUCUCUGGGAAGUUUACUUAUAGAAACACGAAGUAUUUGAUUUCCUGUGUCGGCUUGGCUACAAGAAACACAACCGUUAUCCUGACAGAGGGAGAGAGGAAUCCAAGAAAAGAAAAAUGCAUGUGAAGAUACAAACUCAAGUGUUUGGAAUUCAGCACGCCCCCCACCUCUCUUCCCUCAGACUGCAAACCACAUGUGCAGCUUUUUUGUUUGCACGUUAUUUUAUUUAGCGACAUAGUCCCCUUCUCUCUGGAUUUAUAUUCCUCUAACGUUCCCUUUUGAUUCUGCAGGAGGAAAAUCACCUGCGCUUGAAUCCACUUGUAAGAAAGAAGUGAGAAUAGAUAGAUGUGCUGUCAUAGCUGAGCUGUGAAGGUGGUUGUCUUGGAAGUGGGGGACAGGCUGGGAGGAAGGACACACAGGCAACAGGACAGUCCUCUCUCCACUUCAACCCUCUGGCUUUGGGUAAUUUUACUGACAUUCCGGGUAUCUGUGGGGUCCUGGGUGCCCAGCCGCCCUCCUGAAAUGGGCCCUGCCCUUUGUGGGCUGAUCAUGUGGUGACAGAGGUCUCAGGUACUUCACUAAUUUCCAGAAAACUGGGGACUCCAGAGGGAGGAAAUGCUACAUUUUCCAGUUCCCUAGUAUUUAAAAGGUAGCUCCUCCCUGACCACAUGGCUAGCUUGCUGCAAUGUGUACAACUUUGGUCUGAGUACCUGGAUUUAGUCCUAGCCUUAUUGAUCCACUAUGUGGUCUUUGGAAAUUCACUUAAGCUCUUUGUGUCUCACUUUCUUCAUCUAUAAAAUGGGCAAUUAGAACAGACAAUCUCCAAGAGCCCUACAAGGCAACGAGCCAAUAAAAUGGCUGACUCUUACAUGCUUCCUUAGGAAAUAGAGUCCAGGAAUCAUCACCCCACCUUGUCUUGAAGAUAGGACCAGGCCUAGAGUCAUUCUGUCUGCAGAUCGGAGCUUAUAACGGAACCUUGAAAAUCUCCUGUUCCAAUGUCCAGUGGAGAAAGAGACGAGGGUGAAGUCAAACAGGAUCAACCCCCCUGUAGGACUGGAGCCCAGGAUCCCUCACUCCUGAUUCUUUCCCUCUUCACCAUGUGGCCUAUGCAUACAUACUAUGGGAUGAGAUUGGACACUUUUAAGUCAAUCUUCAGUCUGGCUUAUUUUAUUACUUGCCUAUUUCUGAUAGAAGGAAAGGGUUGCCCAGUGAUUGAUAAUCCCAGAAGUUGGGCCUGGGUACAUCAGGGUGUCAUUCACCAUGUCCCAAGGAACGAGCCGUCAGACACAAUUGAUUUCCAGACUUUAGUAUCCAGCUGGCACUCUCUCGAGUCCUCCAAGAAAGGGGAAAGAUACUUUUGUUUUGUUUUACUUUUAACAACAACAGCAACAAAAAAUCCAGUCAAGUGACAGAACAGAUUCUCUGGUUUACAUCUAAAUGUCAGUCAACAGAGAGAGAAAAAGGCCCUUUUCCUUAGAACUUUUCAAGCUGAACAAGUACAGCUCCUUGGAUGGGGGUGGGGGGGUGGUUCUCUCAUCAGGACAGAAAUGCACUUAGAUGGCCUUCAUGGCCUUUUCAAACCUAGGGAUUUUAACACGUUGGAAGAAGCCGGGAAACGGGGUAAACAAUGGGUGAACAAAUUCAUUGACUGUUCAGCUUAAGAAAUGUUCUAUUUGGCAGCCUCACGUCAUCUUUGGGCAGCAACUGUCAAGACAAGAAUUAUAGAGGCACUCAAUGUUUAUCAUCAUUGGGUCCAUUUGUUCCCUUUAUUGGGUGAGGAGUUUAAGUCUUGGAGAGAGGAAAGGACUUGCAGAGGAAAUCGUUGAGCACAUUUCUAAUUUUUAAUUAGACUUUUAUCAAAUGGGAUCAAACAUACAGGAGGGGCUGCUGGCCUGCCCCAAUAUAGCCAGGCCACCUUGUUUCAAAGCUAAUAUCCACCUGUCCAUGGGUUUUCAAAAGCCCAGUUGCCUCUGAUGAUCAGGAGGACAAGUUAAUUGAACGUCUGUGAUCACUAACAGGUAAUGGCUAUUGGGUCCACUCCUGAGCUACUGUGGGAGACAAAUUCUUUUAACAGACUGUCCUCCAGGCGUCAGGAGUCCAUGAAAAAUCAUGUUUUCUUUUCCUGUGUGUGCUGCAUGCACAUGUGUUUAAGACCCAUGGGUGGCUUAGGGGAAAGUGUUAGCCACAGUAUCCAUGUCGAUGUUUAACUAUAUUUCAUAUUUGAUGUUUCAUAGUUUUCAAAUAAACCGUGUUUUCCAUUACUCAGAUAUUUAUUUUGGGGCAGACAACAGGUGAAAAUUACAUUUCUCAGAUGCGCUGCUAUUUUGGCAUCAUGACUUUGUUCUCAGAAGUUUUUCAUGCAUCACUAAGAGCUACUAAUGAAAGCAAGUGGCAGUGAGUUUUUUGAAUUGUGGUAGCCCAUUAGGGCUGGAGUAUUUAUUAACAACCAGAAAGAAAGUCUUGAUAGUAAUCUCUUAAUUGUUAAUCUCAUGCUUCAUCAUUUGCUUCUAGUCAUCAUCAUUAUAUCAAGACAUUAAUGGUAAACUGAGGUUUUUGAUACAUCAUCACAUUGAAGUUACAAAAAAGUAAUAAUCAUGCUUCCUCAAAAGAAAAACGAAGCCUAUCCAAUCUUGGAAUCCAAUUGUACAAGUAGAAUUCGGAGAAUUCUCAUUCAGUCUUGUAUCCAAACAGCUACAAAUUUUUCUAGACAUUAAUAAUAAACAGUGGAAUUUUAUCUUAAAGACAUUUUGGAACCUAACUUCCCCAUUACAUCUAUAAAAGCUGUUGCAUACACAAAGCUGUUUUAAAGUUGUCAUAUGUUGUUUGCUAAAGUCAUUGUAUUUUUUUUUUGCCUGCUUUGCCUCUUUUUGUACAGAAGUUUUGAGUGUGAAAUGAAAAUUAAAGUUUGGUACAUAUAUUUAAAAAUA